UUGUUUAUGAGCUUCAAGGAUCCAAGAUCUGGUUUCUGGUUCAUCUGGUUUUCACCAAAUGGUUUUUUUAAAUUAAUAUUUAAUAAAAGACCAGCGGAAGUGGGAAGGCUUAUAAACAGAGGCUGAGGCGUUCAGACAAAAUCGUUCUCCAAGUGUUUAUAGAUUAAACGGACAUGUGAAUGUUAAAUUAUCCGGAAAUCCUUCAAAUAAGUUAUGAUAAUACAACCUGUGCAUAAAAUUUCUAUAGAAUUUCCUGAUUUUUAAUGUGAAUAAAUUCACCAGUAGUCAGAUUUAUGACAAACUGUAAAAGAAACACUAGAAGCACUUAAUUAUUAUUAACGUUUAGGUUCUAAAAUACGCUCACCUGGCUAUAAAUUUGAAUUAUGGUAUUUUUGGGACAAAAAAUUUUUUUUUCUUCGAUUAAUGUUAUAAAAAAUUAUUUGAACCAUAGUUCAAAAGCAGGAUUAUUACACAACUGUAAUAAGGGGUAACUUACCCCUCAAUUCCCUGCAACAAUCACGAAUAUCCACUUAGCCUUUAUCAAAAAAUUAAAUCAAAACCAUGUCCAUUAUCAAAAAACAAUCUCAAAUGAUUACAAUGUGACUAGUUCCAACGAAAAAUCGAUAGUCUUUAAGUCAACGUGAAGUCCAGCUCAAACAUGAUCAAAUUUUCCAAAGUUAAAAGCUACUUCACCACUCACCACGACACCCUCCACAACAUUUACACCUCCAUGAAGCCCGUCUAUGCCAUUUGCAAGCUAAUUGGCUUGAAUACGCUGCGAAUCGGACGCAAGGGUGAAUUAAAACAGCACAAAUCCGAUUACUUUUAUUUCAGUUUUUACAUCACUUCGUACACACUUUUGAGUGUCUAUUCGCUUUUUCGAAUCGCAACCAACGAGAACAACUCACUGGUGAUCAACAAACGCCUCAUUUUCAUCGAAUGCUUUGUAAUGAUGGCCCUUACGUUAAUUGUAACACUUUUCACAUUCCUGGCUCGAGGCACUUUGAUCAAGUCUUUUGAUAUGUUAUCACAUGUGGACGUGUCUUUCAUAAAGGCUGGUUUCCGGCUGGAGUACAAGCAGCUUUUGAAGAGAAGUUACCUAAUUAUAAGCUUCGUCCUUUUCUCUUUGUUGGCCCGUGUCCCUGUGAUGCUAAUGACAAUUUCAGCCGAUUUCAUCCAACAGAUUAUGCUGUUUGUGUCAGCUUUGAUUAAAGCUUUCUCGAAAUAUCAGUUUGUGGUCCUUGUGCUUCAACUUCAACACCGUUUUGGUAAAAUCAACAGAACCAUGCGAUCGUUUUUUAGUGACAACAAGCAGGAUGACAAAAUUCCUCAAAUUUCUGAUAAUUUGUACAUCUUGUGCCGUCUUCAUUACAAAUUGACCAGUGUUAUGCAAAAAAUCAAUUCUGCGUUUUCUGUGCAGUUGCUCGUAUCCAUUGGUGUUUCGCUUUUUGAUGUGCUUUUCCAAGCUUAUUAUUUGUAUUAUGUCGCUACGGGUAAAGCGUCUUUUGUCACUGUACCAAUGAUAGUGUGUCCUAUUGUUUGGUUGAUGGAUGAAGUCGUAGAAAUUUAUCUCUUGGUGUAUGCUUGUGCCAGCACCUGCGAACAGGCCAACGAUACACCGAGUAUUUUACAUGAAUUGAGGAACAACUACUUCCAUAUGGAUUUGGAAAAUAAUGUUCAAAGUUACUCGUUGCAAUUGUUGCACCAGAAAGUACAGUUCUCGGUUUUGGGUUUUUUCGUCGUGGAUUAUACGUUGCUUUACUCGAUUGUUGGGGCUGUUACCACUUAUUUGGUCAUUUUUAUACAGUUUGACCAGUCCUCAAACAGUCGGAAUAACUAUGUUCUUACAAACAAUAGCACUUGUUAACUUGUUAAUUUAAAGAGUUAAUUUGGAAUUAGAAAAUAAAAUUGUAAUUGCAAUUAAAUUAAUUAAAUAAGAUUGCUCUGCUAUUU